UGCGCGCUGGCGGCGGCGGCGGCGGCGUCAGUGCCCGGCGGGGAGCGGGUCCCAGGCCGCCGCCGGACCGGAGGCACAGGGGGCCUUUGGGAGCUCCCUCUCCGGGCCCUCGGCGGCCUAAUGGCGUAGGAAGGACGGGCUGUGAGUGUUGACAUUGAGUGCUUCAGAUCUGGUCACUAUGGUCCGAGAACGAAAAUGCAUAUUGUGCCACAUUGUGUACGGCUCAAAAAAGGAGAUGGACGAACACAUGCGGAGCAUGUUGCAUCACAGGGAACUUGAGAACUUGAAGGGCAGGGACAGUAGUCAUGAGUGCCGAGUGUGCGGGGUCACAGAAGUGGGUCUCUCUGCAUAUGCAAAGCACAUUUCUGGCCAGUUGCACAAAGAUAAUGUUGAUGCCCAGGAAAGAGAAGAUGGUGGAAAGGAAGAAGAAGAAGAAGAUUAUUUUGACAAGGAACUUGUUCAGUUAAUACAGGAAAGAAAAGAACAAAGUCGACAAGAUGAGCCUUCCAGUAACAGCCAAGAAAUAAACUCGGAUGACAGGCAACCCCAGUGGAGACGCGAAGACCGAAUCCCUUACCAAGACAGAGAGAGCUAUAAUCAGCCAGCAAGGCAUCAUCGUGGACCUCCACAGUGGGACUGGAAAUGGGAAAAGGAUAGCUUUAAUAAUAGUAGGAAAAGUAGCUUUCCACAUUCUUUGAGGAAUAGUGGUGGGCCAAGAGGAAGUUCUGGGUGGCAUAAAGGUGCUCCAAGAGGCUCUUCAAAUUGGUUCCAUAAUCACAGUAAUUCUGGAGGAGGUUGGCAUUCGAACAGUGGAAUGGUGGACUGGAAUUAUAACGGUGCAGGAAGGAAUUCCAGCUGGCAUCCUGAAGGAGCAGGUGGCUUUUCCAGCUGGCACGGGAGCAGCAGUCACGGAAACUGGAAAUCCAGUGUACGUGGUACAAAUAGUUGGAAUUACAAUGGCCCUGGAGACAAAUUUCAACAAGGCAGAAACAGAAACUCUAACUACCAAAUGGAAGACAUGACCAAGAUGUGGAGCAAGAAGUCUAAUAAGCCAAGCAAGUACAACCAAGAGAGAUACAAAUGGCAGUGGCAGGACAGCGACAAGGCUGCUAAAUACAGAAGCCCUUCCGAGGGGCUCGCGGGGAUCGCGGGGGAGAAAUUCCCUGCCGCGGAAGGCUUGCUUGAGUUCAACUUUGAGCAGCGAGAAAGUCAGACGACUAAACAAACAGACACAGCGGUCUCAAAAAUGAACGGAAAGAGUGCCAACAUGGCACGGGAAAAGUUCCGCCGCUGGGCACCUUACCCUGCCCAGAAGACUCCAGAUUUACAGUCAGCCCUGAAGGAAGUCACUGGCAACACGUCAGAAACCAUAGACAAGCCUCUCUUUAAUUUUAGCUUAAUAACUGCAGGAAUGCAAGAACCGAUUGAUAAAACAAGUAAUCCCCCAGUGCUAAAAACACAAAAGGAAAUACAUCCUGGAUCUCCCAAUCACAAAGCCGUUCCUGAUGUCACUGCUUUAUAUGGGGUGAGAGCUUGCCCCAUUACUGAACAGUCUGAGCCACAUCGUAAGUCAAAUAAGAUUCCGUUAUUAAAAUCCCCGCUCCUUCCAACUCCUAAAUCAGGCCCUCAUAAGCAUAAUUUAAAGAACCGCUCAAAAAACAAUGAAACAAAAUCUUUUUCUACUGGAGAUCGCUCACGUCUCUUGAACAAAUCCCCUUUAGAAGGUAGCCAUGGUUCUUCCUGCACAUCCGAGUCACAUGGUUUAGGUCCUCCUGUUUUAAAGGGGAAUAAAACUGUGUCAGGCACCGAAAAAGACCCUGAUGAGAAGUUAAAUGACACAUCACAGAAAACCCAGGAGGCGCCCCAGUGUUCCAAAGCACCCCGAAAGCCACUUGUUAGCAAGUCCAAACGGCCUGAGAGCCAUGCAAAAGAAAGAAGGAGUGUAGAAGAGUCAGCCGAAGACUCUGUGAACAUUGAGUUUCAGGCACACUCAGCUGAAAACGAUAGUGCAACAUCUGAUCCAGAAAAGCAUGGUAUCAAAAGUAGAGCUGUGGAUUUGGCAACUACAGAGACUGUGUCCUGUAGCAUGCACACUGUGGAUAAGGAACCAGGGAACCAGAUCCUGGGAACAUCUGGGAACCUUUCCACCUCCCCCCAUAAUUCCACAGUUCCCCAGAAGGAGCCUGAGUUACAGGUGACAGCAGCAGCCGGGCCACACACUGGCUUACUGCUAGACUUGAAGACCUCCCUGGAGGAUGCACAGGAUAACAGCCUUGUUAAGUCUGAUGGACCUUUUGAAACAGAAAGCUUCGAGGGUACUAGCUUGGAUGCAGAGCUUCAAAAAGAUAUCAAUAAUCAGCCCCCAGGCACACUCCUUCCCGAACUAAGUAAACUUGGUUUUCCCGCCUCACUCCAGAGAGAUCUGACCCGGCACAUUAGUCUGAAGAGCAAAACUGGAACACAUCUUCCAGAGCCAAAUCUCAAUAGUGCUCGACGUAUUCGAAAUAUUAGUGGCCACCGAAAGAAUGAAACAGAGAAGGAGUCUGGGCUUAAGCCAACUCUACGACAGAUUCUAAAUGCAUCAAGGAGAAAUGUCAACUGGGAACAGGUCAUUCAACAUGUAACCAAGAAAAAGCAAGAGCUGGGCAAAGGUUUACCCAGGUUUGGCAUAGAAAUGGUACCUUUGGUUCAAAAUGAACAAGAAGUCUUGGAUUUAGAUGAGGAACCUGAUCUGUCCAGACUGGAAGGAUUCCAGUGGGAAGGUGUUUCCAUUUCCUCAUCCUCUGGCUUGGCGAGAAAGCGAAGCCUUUCUGAAAGCAGCGUGAUCAUGGACAGGGCUCCUGUGUAUAGCUUCUUUAGUGAGGAAGGUACCGGCAAAGAAAAUGAACCCCAGCGUAUUAUUUCACCUAGUAACACAUUGAGUGCUGCCCAGAGUCAAAAGGAGGCCAUGUAUCUUGAACAGGAAGUGGUGCCUCUGACUCCCUCUGUCAGAACAGGUGGAAGGGCUGGAAACAUUCCUACCCAAAGGCGACAUAGUGCACAGUUACCAUCUGAUCAUGUGAUACCUUUCACGCACUCGGCCAGAGACCUGCACAGCCAGGAGAGGUCUACACCACCGCUGGAGUGCCAUGCCCAGGAGAGCAGUGGAGAAGGGAACUCACUCUCAUCAAAUGUGUCUUCAGUUCACGCGGUCUCCAGCUUAGCAGACGCAGCCACUGACAGUAGCUGUACCUCUGGUGCUGAGCAAAACGAUGGCCACAGUGUUAGAAAGAAGCGAAGAGCCACCGGGGAUGGAUCUUCCCCUGAACUACCAAGUCUUGAGAGAAAAAAUAAAAGAAGGAAAAUUAAAGGAAAGAAAGAACGUUCUCAGGUUGACCAGCUGCUGAAUAUUUCCUUAAGAGAGGAAGAGCUGAGCAAAUCACUGCAGUGCAUGGACAGCAACCUCCUGCAGGCACGCGCGGCACUGCAGACGGCCUAUGUCGAAGUUCAGAGGCUACUCAUGCUCAAGCAGCAGAUAACUAUGGAGAUGAGUGCACUGAGGACUCACAGAAUACAGAUUCUACAAGGAUUACAAGAAACGUAUGAACCUUCUGAGCAGCCAGACCAGGCUCCCUGUAGCCUCACCACACGAGAACAAAGGAAUAGCCGAUCUCAGGCCUCUGUUGAGACCACACUGCUGCCUACUCCCUUUUCCCUAGGGUUUCUGGAGCCACCUCCUUGCCAUGUGUCUCCACCAUCCACUGAAACCCCUCUCCAAAUAACCGCAUCUUCUUUCCAAGUCCAUGGUACUGUCCCUGAUUCAUCAGUUCAGAUUAAACAAGAGCCCAUGUCUCCUGACCAAGAGGGGAAUGUGAGUGCUGUGCCACAAGGCUCUGCUUCCAAUGUGUCCAAGGAAUUACUGCAGACUAAUAGAGUGGUCAGUGACAGCUGUCCAGUUUACCCAGCCAUCCCCGCAAUAUUAACAUCAGAGUCAACAGAAAGUUGCCAGGAGGCUAAUCAAGAUCAAAAUUUUUCUGUGGAGCAAGGAAAUUGCAGAAGCAGAGAAAACUCUCCCUGCUCGCAGUCUCCUGGUCUCCCUGGAAGAAACAGAGGCGAAGAGGCCGCCAGAGGCAGCAGUGGGUCGGAAGCCUGCAGCAGCUCUUUUCUAAGGCCGCCUUUCACUCCUGAGACCCCGGUGGAGAAGGAAACCCACUCUGCAGCUGAGCUGCGGGCAGAGUCCACACUGGCGUCAGCUGAGAGCAGAGGGAGCAAGAAGAAGAAGAAACUUCGGAAGAAGAGGACACUGCGGGCCACCCACGUUCCCGAGAAUAGUGACACCGAACAAGAUGUAUUCACUGCUAAGCCUGCAAGAAAGGGAAAGACCGGAAAGGUAGCUAAAGGGGAGAAAGUCACGACGUCCACCUGGGAAGGCAGCAAGACUGGUCGGGAGCAAGAAGCUGUCAGAGAUGAGCCAGACAGUGAGUCCUCCCUGGAGGUACUGGAAGUCCCAAAUCCCCAGUUAGAAGUGGUUGCCAUUGAUUCUUCUGAAUCUGGAGAAGAGAAACCAGACAGCCCAUCGAAAAAAGAUAGCUGGAGCUCUGCAGAACAAAACCCAAUAGAGACUUCUCGUUCUGGCUGUGAUGAAGUUAGCUCUACCAGUGAGCUUGGCACCCGCUACAAGGAUGGCAUUCCUGUCAGUGUGGCAGAAACUCAGACGGUGAUAUCCUCCAUAAAAACAUCUAAGAAUUCUUCAGAAGUAUCUUCAGAGCCAGGAGAUGAUGACGAGCCUACAGAAGGGAGCUUUGAAGGACACCAAGCUGCAGUGAAUGCAAUUCAAAUAUUCGGAAACUUACUGUAUACCUGUUCAGCAGACACAACUGUCCGAGUUUAUAAUUUGGUGAGUCGGAAGUGUAUUGGUGUCUUUGAGGGCCAUAUUUCCAAAGUGAACUGCCUCCUUGUCACUCACACCUCUGGGAAGAAUUCUGUCCUUUACACUGGUUCCAGUGACCACACCAUUCGCUGCUAUAAUGUCAAGACCCGAGAAUGUAUGGAACAGUUAAAGCUAGAAGACCGAGUUCUCUGCCUUCAUAAUCGAUGGCGAAUCCUCUAUGCUGGACUGGCAAACGGCACUGUGGUCACCUUCAACGUAAAGAACAACAAGCAACAGGAGAUCUUUGAAUGCCAUGGCCCUAGGGCAGUCAGCUGUCUCGCCACAGCCCAGGAAGGUGCCCGAAAACUGCUGGUUGUAGGAUCUUAUGACUGUACCAUUAGUGUCCGUGACGCACGGAACGGACUACUGCUCAGAACCCUGGAGGGCCACAGCAAGACCGUUCUUUGCAUGAAGGUGGUGAACGACCUUGUGUUCAGUGGUUCCAGUGACCAGUCGGUCCAUGCUCACAAUAUCCAUACUGGUGAGCUUGUGCGCAUCUAUAAAGGUCACAAUCAUGCAGUGACUGUGGUAAACAUCCUGGGGAAAGUGAUGGUGACUGCUUGCCUGGACAAGUUUGUUCGAGUCUACGAAUUACAGUCCCAUGAUCGACUGCAAGUUUAUGGAGGACACAAAGACAUGAUUAUGUGUAUGACCAUCCAUAAAAGUGUGAUUUACACUGGUUGUUAUGAUGGAAGCAUCCAGGCUGUGCGGCUGAAUCUGAUGCAGAAUUACCGCUGUUGGUGGCAUGGCUGCACUCUGAUAUUUGGUGUUGUGGAUCACUUGAAACAACAUUUGCUGACUGACCACACUAACCCGAACUUUCAGACGCUGAAAUGUCGCUGGAAGAACUGUGAUGCUUUUUUCACAGCUAGGAAAGGAUCCAAGCAGGACGUUGCAGGACAUAUUGAGCGGCAUGCUGAAGAUGACAGCAAAAUGGAUUCGUGAAGUGUUUUGCCUCCCAUGUUGGGAAGUCAUUUGUAAACUAUUUUCACAUUGGCCCCUCGCACAGGCCACUCUGUCCCUCUCCAGUGAAGCUGGGAAGGAGAAAGUGGUUCACAGCCAGACCUACCACUAGCAAAGUCUGGGCAGUCUGUGGGGUGAUAGGUUACAUACAAGUCAAGUCUGUGCUGGAGCGUGUAAGGGUGACGUUAGGCGGAUUCUAAAGAACCGUACCAUACUCUUCUGGGAGAGAUGACAUACAGAGAUUUAUGCUACUAGACUAUAGGUGUUUAUUAAAGAUUCAGAUAUUAAUUGGUUACCCAGUUUGAUCCUAAUCAUACACAUAUUUUAUUGAUUCAGUUUGUCAUUUCUGCUUUAUGUCUUAUGAUGGCUUAUGAUAGGUUUUUCAGGAUCGGUUUUAGUUCCUCCUUUUGAAAUAACUGGGUAUUUAAAUUUGAAACAAAUCUUUUUCUUUUUUUUUUAAAUAAUUAUGUGCAGUGUUUCACUAUGAAGUGCUCUGUAGAUGGAUAAAGCUGGCUGUAGGUACAAAAGGAAACGUGGUAGAGGCCUGAGAACCAGCCAGCUGCUCUGCUCGCUGUAGUUUAGACUUCAGACAAGUCCACGACGACCAGUCCCUAAAGGCAGCGUUUACCAGUAAACUGCUCCAGAGUGCGGAGUGGUGCCUCCCCUCCCCUCUGCGCUCACUGGCUGCUUGAACUGAAGGCGACCUUUGUCCUCUCUCCAUCUUCUGGCUCACAGAGCCUUGGCGCCUUUUGGGUUGCCCCAUUACCAGCCCCCAUCUCUUAUUGUCUUGCUGUGCCUAGAGCAAUGUGCAGGGAGCUGACGGGGCUCUCAGCUUACUCGCAGCACCCUAGAUAGGGGAGCUGGGAUGAGCAUCUGGAUUCAGCUGACAGGACAUCAAACAGGCCUUCCGUGACGUAACUUCUGAAGCAGCGUCUACCUUCACAUUCAUGCCAGCUAAGGAGGUGGAGUGUGGUGAUGGAAAGGCAGACACUGGUAGUGCCCAUGUUACAUGCCUUAGCAGGAUUUCUCUGUGCCUGGGUUUUCUCAAGACUUGUAUGUAAAACUAAGCAAGUGUUACUUCCUAAUAUUUUGUUUCUGAGUUCUCAAAACUCAGGUUCUUCAGAGGGAGAGGACUCUCAUGGCACAUACCCUAGCUUCAGGAUGCAAUGCUUUCUGGUACUAGGAUUGCAGACUCUGUUUUUGUACCUGGCCUGAUCAGACCUCCUCAUACGCUCUAGGGCAGGGUAACUCCGCCAGGGAUUGAUGGAUAGGCUUCAAGCCUGUCUGUGAGUCCUCUGAAAUUGCACGAAAGACUAAGUAUGUCUUUUUUGUUUUCCCCUAGGAAUGAGUCUAGUAGUUCUUACUGGAUCCAGAAAAUGUUAAGAACAAAUCUAGGGGCUAAUACUAGCUCAUGAGUGACCCACAAAUGAGGGGCUGGUCACAUGUGGCCUAUUGUGUAGGGAAACUUUUGUUAACCACAUGGCUUAGAUGUGAAGAGAACCAUUGUAUGACGCUGAGAUUUUAUUGACAAAGCAUUUAUGCUAUUUCUGUGUAAGAUUGAAAACCUUUCCGACCUCUCUCCUCCAUUUUCUGUAAGGGUGACCAGAGGAGCCACACUUCUGUGGGUCUGGGAAGUGAUUUCUUAGGAAAGUUCACUUGGGUUUCACUUGGAAUAACCUGCAUUAUUCUUUGAGCUACAGCAUCUCGAGUUUCCACAUUGGCAGGGCAGUGUGCUGAGGAAGCACAGGUUCCCCGCUCACCCAAGGGAAUUAGGAAGGGAGGAGAGUGGUGGGGCCAUGUGCAUCAGGGAGAAGAGUGUAAGGUGUUGACCAGUGGUGAGGAAUGCUUGAGGGCCGUCGGGCUUGCACCCCGACGCGAUUAGUAGGAACUGUGGUCCGAGUUCCCCUUGGUACCAUUGUGUGCACGCAUCUGCCCGCUUACCCGAGUGUGGGGGGCACUUGCACCGGCGAUUCCUCAUUUCACAGGGCUUUCUUUGAAGCAGUGUGGUGACUUCAAGAACAGGUGGAAUUGUUUUGAGCAUCAGAUCUCUGUUCUCCAGGUUGAGCGGUCUAGGGUUGCCCUGAGAAUGAAGAGCCCUGGUUUCUUGGCUCCUCAGCAGUGGCUGCCUGUGGAGACAGACUGUGACUGCUUCUUAAGUUGUUCAUUAUGUUGGUCAUUCAUGAUCGGCCUCCAGUUCCCCUCAGAAGGGGCAGCUCAGGUCUGUGCUGACUUUCGUUGGGUAAUUUGAAGGAGAAGGAAAGUGACUAAUAAAUAACCUCCAAAAGCCAAGACAUUUCUAAGGAGUACUUGCAGGUCAUUUUUAUUUUUAAAUUCUUGAUGCCUAGUCCAGCAGCUCAAAGCAAAGAAAAUCUUAAAAAAUCCUUUUGUGUUUAUAAUAACGGUUCUAAUAAAAUAACCAGCCACUUUCAAUUUUUUUUUUUUUUUUCAAGUUUUCACUUAGGUUCAAAACACAUUUUGGCUUACUUUGCUCAUCUGUAAACAAUGCAAAUAAAAAACCGGCAAAAUGUGUCCUGACAUCACUGAAGUCCGAGGAGCCGCUGUCUAAUACUGUUCUUACUGUUCUUGUCGGGAAGACGUUCAUUUGGGAGAGUUAGCGCUGGAAAUUCCAAUUCCUGGACUACAGUGUAUCCAAGCCAGCACUUUUAGGAUUGAAGUGAUUGUUGCCAACAAAGGUUUUUUGGUUUUUGUUUUGUUUUGUUUUGUUUUGUUUUCUUCUGGUAGAUUUAUGUAUGGGACAAUUUCAGUGCAUGGGCAUGUGGCUGAGUUGCUGGGUGUAGGUCACACUUACGAGAAUGACACAGUAUUAUUUUAUGGAAGAGAAUUCAUUGGGAAGGAAAUUGAAGAAUAUUGUGAAGUAGGGUUUGAACAACACCUACCUUGUGGUUUGGUUAAAUAGCUGCGAUUUGCAUAUGCUUACUUAGCGAAUUUGUUCCUGUUGCUUGAAGGAGAGUGCUAGAAUUACUGUAUGGCUGUACUUGGCAUACUUAAGUGGUGGCUUCAUCUCUGUCCUGUCACUGAGAACCUUGGGUUUCAGGGAGGUGGCCUGAUAGGCAGGAAAGGAGGAAGCUGUGGUGGGGGUGUGUUGGGUCACACUUCCAUAUGCAGAUAUGUGUGAAACCUUGUGUAAAUUAACCUACCAUUUACCAUACAACAACCGUGUCUUCACCUCCAACCCCAAGGACAUGGCCCAGGCCAGCCCAGAAGCAGCCCAGUGCUGGCAGAGGGUGGCGAAGGAAAGGCUGUGGGGGGGGUAGAUGCCCAGAGCUGCCCAGCACCUUGGUUUCUUACUGUAUUUCAAUACUAAAAAUGGAUCAGGAGAAAUGUCAGGUGACAUUUGACUGCAAAAUUAUUUCUAAACAGCCUUCUUACAUUUUGGUAUAAAAGCUGUGAACUUCAUAACUUUGUAAGCGAGAUAUAAAGCAAAUACAAGAAGAGAAUAAAGUACUUUGACUAAGUGUUCA